CGUUCUUCCGGUUUCACCGUAUCAACACGUGUACGGUGUACGGUUUGGAGCUGAAGGGAGAAACAGCAACUAUACAUCAGCUUUCAGACACAUUCGUGUGCUCUCUGGUUAUUCUGUCCUGGGAAGGCUUUUGCCGACUAAGCAGUCAAAAUGGUGAAGCCUCAGUUCAAGGGGAAAAUGUCGAUAAACCCCUCGUCGUCCAGCAGCAACCCUGAUCGAGCCAAAGGUGCCGGUGGGAACAACAUGAGGGACCGAUCCACUAUCAAGCGUCUGAAUAUGUACAGACAAAAGCAAAGAUGUAAUAACCGUGGAAAAGUCAUAAAACCUUUACAGUACCAGUCCACUGUGGCUCCAGGAACCGUAGCCAGAGUUGAACCGAACAUCAAAUGGUUUGCAAAUACCCGUGUGAUCAAGCAGUCGUCCCUCCAGAAGUUCCAAGAAGAGAUGGGAGCAGUACAGAAGGAUCCAUAUCGUGUAGUGAUGAGACAAAGCAAACUCCCCAUGUCUCUCUUGCAUGAUAGAGUCAAAGCACAUAACUCCAAGGUGCACAUUCUAGACACAGAGGGUUUUGAGACCACGUUUGGGCCCAAGGCUCAGAGAAAGAAGCCCAGUCUCAUGGUGGGGGAUGUGAAGGACCUCAUAGAACAGGCUGAGGCCUCUUCCCAGAGCUAUGAUGCAGACAAGGACAAAGACCUGGUGGUCGAGGACACUGGGGUUCGGGAGGAAGUCCGUGAGGAAAUCUUCAAAAAGGGUCAGUCCAAGAGGAUCUGGGGAGAACUUUACAAGGUAAUUGACUCAUCUGAUGUCAUCAUCCAAGUGCUGGAUGCUCGUGAUCCUAUGGGAACACGCUCCAAGAGCAUAGAGGGAUAUAUGAAGAAGGAGAAACCCUGGAAACAUCUGAUCUUUGUCUUAAACAAGUGUGACCUCAUCCCCACCUGGGUUACGAAACGGUGGGUAGCCGUUUUGUCCCAAGAGUACCCCACUCUGGCUUUCCAUGCCAGCCUCACUAACUCGUUUGGUAAGGGCUCCCUCAUCCAGCUGCUUAGGCAGUUUGGCAAGCUCCACACAGACAAGAAACAAAUAAGUGUGGGUUUCAUUGGCUAUCCAAAUGUGGGAAAAAGCUCAGUCAUCAACACACUGCGGUCUAAGAAGGUCUGCAAUGUGGCACCUCUUGCUGGGGAAACAAAGGUGUGGCAGUACAUCACUUUGAUGAGGCGCAUCUUCCUCAUUGACUGUCCUGGUGUUGUCUACCCUUCAGAAGACAGUGAAUCUGAUAUCGUCUUGAAAGGAGUGGUUCAAGUGGAGAAGAUCAGGAACCCAGAAGAGCACAUUGGGGCAGUACUGGAGCGGGCCAAGCCAGAAUACAUUCAGAAGACCUACCGCAUCCCCACUUGGAACUCUGCUGAAGACUUUCUUGAGAAACUGGCAUUUCGCACUGGGAAACUUCUAAAGGGUGGUGAGCCAGAUCUGUCCACGGUCUCCAAAAUGGUGUUGAAUGAUUGGCAGAGAGGACGUAUCCCCUUUUUUGUGAAACCCCCUGGACCUGAGGGAGAUCAAGAGGACAUGGGACCAUUGGCAGUUGAAGGACCCUCCGAAGCUGUUGAGAAUGUGCAGGAGGAACAGCCAGACAAUCCGGAUGCUAUCUCAGAGGAACGGCAGCAGAGACAGAAAGAGCAAGUCCAGAAGAUUCUGGCUAAUGUGCGACAGAACUUCGGCAAGAUCAAUGUGGCACCUGAGUUCACAGAGGAAGACUUAGAUCCUGUGGAGAUGCCUGACCUUGACAUGUCUGACCUCUCCGGCUCUGAGGGCGAGGGAGACGGUGAGGAGGAGGAAGAAGAAGAAGAAGGUGGAGAGGAAGACAGGGCCGAUGUUGAACCGGCCGAAGGAGAGACUGAGGACGCUGAGCCCACCACCGCUCAGACUGGCAAGGCAAACGGCAACAAGAGUUCACGCGAGGUGAUUCGUGCGUUGGAUGAGAAGAUCUCCAAGUACAAGCAGUUCCUCGACCGGGCCAAAUCCAAACGCUUCUCUGCAAUCCGGAUACCUAAGGCACUUUCUGACAAAGCGUUCACAGACAUCAAGACUAAACAAGUGGCAGCAGCAACUAAGCAAGCACAAAAUAAAGCUGCAAACCAGAGGAGUAACAAGAGGAAGGCCGAGGAGGACGAGGAGUCUGCUCAGACGCACAAACUGACGUCUAAACAGAGAAGAGCGAUGGACCGUGCUAAGAAGGCAAAGAGAGUUGGUGUACGCUAUUAUGAAACACACAAUGUGAAAAACAAGAAUAAGAACAGAAAGGCCCCAGCAUCAACCACAGAAGGCCAAAAGGCAAAAAGAUCAAAGCACUAGACUGGAGUCGUAAAACACAACAUAUGUAAUAAAACUUUAUUUAAAUUAGCCAAAAAGGACACAGAGUUGAUAAAGGUGGAAUGCUAACAACUGUUAAAUGGUCUUUAUUGAGUGGCCACUUUAUGCCUUAUCUUGACCGUGACUGUUUGUAUUUUGCCUUUUUUAACUUUCUUUUCCUCUUCAACCCAGAGCUGUUUUUGAAUGACAUUUCAUUCAUCUUUUACAUACAGGUGUAAUGUUCUCUUGAUGUUCAAGAGAAAUGUACGGUCAUUGUUUCAACUGUACUUGUCAUGCCUUGCUGAUAGAAAAAAUAAAUAAAAUAUUUGCUAAAUA